AUGCAGCAGAUCCCGCUGUGCGCCGGCUGCAACCAGCACAUCGUGGACCGGUUCAUCCUCAAGGUCCUGGACCGGCACUGGCACAGCAAGUGCCUGAAAUGCUCCGACUGCCAGACGCAGCUGGCCGAGAAGUGCUUCAGCCGCGGGGACGGCGUCUACUGCAAGGAGGACUUCUUCAAGCGCUUCGGGACCAAGUGUGCCGCCUGCCAGCAAGGCAUCCCCCCGACCCAGGUGGUGCGCCGGGCCCAGGACUUCGUUUACCACCUGCACUGCUUCGCCUGCAUCGUCUGCAAACGGCAGCUGGCCACCGGCGACGAGUUCUACCUCAUGGAGGACAGCAGGCUGGUCUGCAAGGCGGACUACGAGACGGCCAAGCAGAGAGAGGCCGAGUCCACGGCCAAGCGGCCCCGCACCACCAUCACGGCCAAGCAGCUGGAGACCCUCAAGAACGCGUAUAACAACUCGCCCAAGCCGGCGCGGCACGUCCGGGAGCAGCUUUCCUCGGAGACGGGGCUGGACAUGAGGGUGGUGCAGGUCUGGUUCCAGAACCGCAGGGCUAAGGAGAAAAGGCUGAAGAAGGACGCGGGGAGGCAGCGCUGGGGUCAGUACUUCAGGAACAUGAAGCGGUCCCGGGGGACCUCCAAGUCCGACAAGGACAGCAUCCAGGAGGAGGGACCGGACAGCGACGCGGAGGUCUCCUUCACAGAUGAGCCCUCUAUAUCUGAGAUGAGCCAUUCCAAUGGGAUUUACAGCAAUCUCAAUGAAGCAUCCCCUGCUCUGGGUAGACAGGCUGGGACCAACGGCAGCUUUGCUCUGGAUCACAGUGGCAUCCCAGCACAGGACCAGUACCAUGACCUGCGAUCCAACAGCCCCUACGGGAUACCCCAGUCACCAGCUUCCUUGCAAGCGCUGCCAGGCCACCAGCCUUUAAUCUCCAGCUUGGUUUACCCAGACAACAGCUUGGGCAUCAUGGGACAAAGCGGACAGGGGGUGCCCCCAUCCAUGAGGGUUCUGGCUGGGAAUGGACCCAGCUCCGACCUCUCCACCGGCAGCAGCGGGGGAUACCCGGAUUUCCCCGCCAGCCCGGCCUCUUGGCUGGAUGAAGUCGACCACGCUCAGUUUUGAUAGGGGGUUCAUCACCAUGCAGUGCAAAGGGAAAGAACUCGGUGCUGUAAAACGUCAUCUGCCCCUGGAAAUGAAGGAGGGACAAACUGGGACUGCUGAGUGGGGCAGGGAAGCAUCAGGACAUGGAGAGAGCGGAUGCGCUUUUGGAUGGUGACCCAAAGGCAGGGGCUGGAGCCCAGUAGGGAAGGACAGUUGCAGUGCAGUGACGGGCACAUGGAGCGUCCAAGCCCAUUCUUGUGUCUUUACUAAACACCGAGGCUUGUGCUUUACAGAUUUGAUAUGAGGUAUUUUGCUUUCUGUUGUCAGUGCAUUCCCCAAAGCGAGGACUUGUUUCAUCACCCAUCCACAUCAAAACCUUUUUAAGAGAAAAUAAAGCCCUCAUCCACGGUAAAAGGUGUGACAAUGUCUAUAUUUCUAUAGGAGAAAUGUUAAUAGUGAAUCACAUCAGAAACCCAUGGUAGGAAACUGUUCUUCCAGCAGGUAUUUUAUAUCCAAUGCGGUAUGUAAUGUUUCAUUUUGAAUUUACAUUAACUUUUCUAUAAUGAAAUGCUCUUUAAGUUGCCAAUCACUUCCCAGCAACCCUUUUCCUUUGUCAAACGGGAACCAUAUGUUAA